AUGGAUAACAAGGCUGCAGUUGGAUCUCAUGAAGUAAGUAGACCGUAUUUUCUUCUAACUAAAAUGAUGUUCAUCCCAUGCCAUUCUUUAUUAGAAGUAUAUAUAUCUACGCUGACGUCACUUGGUACAGAGAUUGCCCAAAACCGUAAGGAAUAUGCAAUUCAGCUUUGUCCCCUGUUGCAGGCACGACCAAGUAUGCUCAAUGACCGCCUCUAUUUCCGUCUGAUAGUGCUAUGCGUUGAGCUUUGGCUGGUUACUAGUAGUUCUGCUGCUCAUCCAAGUGAACCUGAAUAUCGAAGCAAACACUACUUCAAGCAGCAAGCAUACAUAAUGUACUUACAUACCGUCAGAACCCCCACAAACGACAACGUCGAGCAGCAGCAGAAACAACAAAAGAGGAGAUG